AUGGGCAAUUGCGUGGAGGCAGUGUGGAAACCAGAGGAAGCGGCAGAGGAGGAGAAGAAGGAGAUGAAGGGAGGAAUGAGGAUCAAAGUUGUGCUCACCAAGGAAGAAUUGGAGUGGCUAAUGGAGCACAUCAAUGAGAGAGGAGGGAGAAACUUAGAAGAUUUGUUGGAGGAAAUACAGAUCGAGAGAGGUAGGAGAUCGAGGAAAGUGAUUUCUCGAGAAGCACUUGAUUUCAACACAAGUGCUUCUUGGAAACCCUCUUUGGAGAGCAUCGUGGAGUGCCCCGAACUCCCCGAUCACAUGCAGAGAUAG